GGCUAUGUAGUGUGUCAGAACUAACCUUAAAUUAUUGCUGUCUACCGUCGAUUAUCUACAAAUUAUAAAUUUAUGAAUAUAAAAAAUUAAUCAUUAAUUGGUUCUAGUUGGUGUAAAAUGUUUAGAUAUGUCAGAAGUAUAAUUUCCUCAUGUAGUCAAGUGCAAAGUGUAAUUAACUACAAUGUAACCAGGAGGGGGUUUCAAAUUAGUGCCACAAACUUCUGCGAAAAUUCAGAAGGUGUUGAUCAAGAAGAAAAUAGCAAACCUAUAAAAGAAGGCUGUGACAGAAGGACAGCAAUACCUGUAGAAACCAGCAUAAAAUAUAUGAAAAGCGAAGCCUACAAAAAAGUUUAUGGAGAUCAAGCAGUGUGGGUGCAAUAUAGACGUAAUCAUAAAGGCAUGUUCCCACCUAGAAAAACAAGGAAAACUUGUAUCCGAGGUGGUGUGAUAUCAACAGGAAACCCUUGCCCAAUUUGUAGAGAUGAAUACUUGGUUCUGAAUGAAAAUAAUACUGAUCUCUUGAAACAAUUCAUUUCACCACACACUGGAGAAGUACUAAGUUACAGUAAGACAGGUCUUUGCCAGAAACGUCACUUAGAAUUGCUUGUUGCAACAGAACGAGCAAAAGACUGUGGUCUUAUAAUAUAUGAUUUACCAACUAAGGAAUACGAUUAUUCAGAAUAUUAUAAGGAUUUCGAUUUAACUGCACUUGAGGCAACCAAGUUUAAAUUUCAUCAAUGAGUAGUGCUACGUUUCUCAUAAUCGGGGGAGGUAU